GUGCUCAACUACAGUACCCACACGUCACUGUAGAGCGGCUGCUUAUCCGGGGAUAUCUCACCGCUGCUGCUGUUUCUCCUUAGUCUAGCGCUCUCUCCUUUUUAGCGGAUUGGCACAACAGGGUAGGAUUACUAGCAGGAAUAAAAACAUAACUAAAAAUGGCAGAGCUUGGAGCGGGGAGCCUGCUAACAGGAGAUCCUGCUUUUAAUUAUCAAGAGCAUGAGCUAAACGAACGUUUGAAGCGGCUGUACCCGGCCGUGAAUGAGGAAGAGACCCCCUUACCCCGAUCGUGGAGCCCCAAGGAUAAAUACAGCUACAUCGGGCUCUCACAGAAUAAUCUGCGGGUGCAUUACAAAGGCCAUGGAAAAAACCACAAGGAUGCAGCGUCCGUUCGGGCCACCCAUCCCAUUCCUGCCGCUUGUGGCAUCUAUUACUUCGAGGUGAAGAUCGUAAGCAAAGGAAGAGAUGGGUACAUGGGAAUAGGACUGUCCGCCCAAGGGGUGAACAUGAACAGACUGCCUGGUUGGGACAAGCACUCCUAUGGUUACCAUGGUGACGACGGACACUCCUUCUGCUCCUCAGGGACUGGCCAACCGUAUGGGCCAACCUUUACAACGGGUGACGUUAUAGGCUGCUGCGUGAACCUUAUCAAUAACACAUGCUUUUACACCAAGAAUGGACACAGUUUAGGUGUGGCGUUCACAGAUCUCCCACCUAACCUGUACCCCACAGUAGGGCUACAGACUCCAGGAGAGAUAGUAGAUGCUAACUUUGGCCAACAGCCUUUUGUGUUUGACAUUGAAGACUAUAUGAGCGAAUGGAGAGCUAAGAUCCACAGCAUGAUUGCCCGGUUCCCCAUCGGAGAAAGACUGGGAGACUGGCAGGCAGUGCUACAGAACAUGGUGUCCAGCUACCUGGUGCAUCAUGGGUAUUGUGCCACAGCAAUGGCCUUUGCCAGAGCCACAGAGACCAUGAUUCAAGAGGACCAAACCUCAAUAAAAAACAGACAGAGAAUACAGAAGCUGGUAUUGGCAGGGCGUGUUGGAGAAGCUAUUGAAGCUACACAGCAGUUGUAUCCCGGACUGCUAGAACACAACCCCAAUUUACUCUUCAUGUUGAAGUGUCGGCAGUUUGUAGAGAUGGUGAAUGGUACAGACAGUGAGGUACGGUGCUUUAGUGUUCGCUCUCCUAAAUCCCAGGACAGCUACCCCGGCUCACCCAAUCUGAGCCCGCGGCAUGGAGCCACCAACCCUCACUUGCACAACACAGGAGCAGACAGCCCCACAUGCAGUAAUGGGGUCACCCCUCCUAACAAAAAUAAGAGCCACAACAAGUACACAGGUGUAAGCUCCGCCUCCUCCUCUCCAUCCUCCUCCCCCUCCUCCGUCAAUUACUCCGAGUCAAACUCUACUGACUCCACUAAAUCACAGCCCCACAGUGCCACCAGCAACCAGGAGACUAGUGAUAGUGAGAUGGAGAUUGAGGCAGAACACUACAGCAAUGGCGUGACAGAGAGCUCAACACGCAUUAUGAACGGGACAUACAAACACCAGGAGAUCCUCCAGGCGGAUGACAGCAGUGUUGGCAAUGGAGUAGCAGAUGACAACUGCAGCUCCAGACAGCUGUGUGGAGGAAACCAGGCGGCCACAGAAAGGAUGAUUCAGUUUGGCAGAGAGCUUCAGGCCCUCAGCGAACAACUCUGUCGCCAGUAUGGCAAGAACGCCACACACAAAAAGAUGCUGCAGGAUGCAUUCAGUCUAUUGGCGUAUUCAGACCCCUGGAACUGCCCCGUGGGCCAGCAGCUGGAUCCCAUGCAGAGAGAGGCGAUCUGCUCCGCUCUUAACAGCGCUAUUCUGGAAUCUCAGAACUUGCCCAAACAGCCUCCUCUCAUGCUGGCUUUGGGUCAGGCCACUGAGUGUGUGCAGCUGAUGGCCAGGGUCCGCUCUGGGUCUUGUUCAUUCGCCAGAGUUGACAACUUUUUGCACUAGCCCCAGUCCAGGCAAUGAUCAGGACAGCUAAGAAGAGGACUUUUCCAAGUGGUUGCCAUGACGAGAGCACGCGUUUGAAUUGGUGUGUCGCUUGCCGUUUGCCAGAAUGAAGCAGCCAUGCAGAAUGAAUAGAAACAUGAGAAGAGAGGCUUCUUUUUAAUUUAGUAUUAUCAAAUACAAUUUGUGUGACACUAUUUAAAGACAAUUAAUUAUUCUGUUUAUCUAGUCGUUUUUAUUUUUCAGUUCAUAUUUUGUCCAUUUGUUGUGCUCAUCGCGAAUCAAAUCAGCUCCCCAGUUUAUUUCAUGGGUGAAUUCAGUGCAUAGUAUUUUAUACCAUAUCAAGAAUAUACAUAAAUGGUAAGUUCCUACUGAAAAUAUGAGUUUCUCAGUCAGAGCUCAGGUAUUUAGACAAAUGUUUUGUCCUCAAAGUGGGACAUUAGCAGAAACCGAUGUUGCUUUACCACACCACUGUGGUUUUUAAAGCAGGUCCUUUUCUACAAAAAGCCAAUUCUGUGUCAAUCUUAGCCGGCCCUUUAGGAAGUUACCAGAUAUUGAUGUUGCGCUUCGGGGAGUUUCGUGUGACUUGAGAUGUUUUGCAUGGCUCCUUGCAUCUCACAUUUUAAGCUACCUUAGUAUUGAGGCACCAGCAUGAGAUUCAUUAAACACAAUCACACAGUGACGACACAAACUUGCCUUUGGGUCCAAUGUAAGUGAUUAUAUUUUGAACAGUAGACCUUUUCCCAAAAUGAUCUAUUUUAAUGAUAUUUUACCAUCUUUAUAGCAGUGGGUAUCAUGCAAAUGUUAUCAACCUUCAGUUUUUGUUUUAAGUUAGGUAUAUUGAAGUUAGCGUGGUUUUCUGAUUUUGUGGCUGUACCAAAUAAAACCAUAAAGUUUCUGAGAAAAAAAUACUUUGAUUAUCGAGAUGCUCCGCUGAAACUAACUUCUUAUGCUAAUUCUGUAUGUUUUAUACCCAUGUGAAUAGUGUCACUGUGUUUAUAGUCCUUCUGUUAGAUUAAUGACUACAGACUGACACCAUUUCAACGUUUGUUAUCGGAUGUUUUAUUGGCUGUUAAGUGCUGUUGUUAAAGUUUUGUUACCAUUGGAUGCACUGUACUUCAGUUGAUGCACAUGGCGCAUUACUGUAUCCGUCUACCUCUCCUCUUCAGUAAUAGAGGGGCAGAAAGCUUGCUUCAUGCAAGACAAUUGACUGACCCAGGGUUCCUACAAAUGAACAGGAAACGCUAACAAAACGUCUAUUUUACGUUUCGAAAUAAACCAUUUAUUUAUUUGGUCAUUUGAACAUCACCUUAAAUCACAGUCGUGUUUGUCGCUACCGCAAACCUCAUAUAAGUGCUGUUUUUUGUUUUUUCCUCAAUCUUUUAAGUGUGAUAUUAUUAACAAUGGCUCAGGCACUUAAUGCUACAGUCUUUUAUGUCAUUUUAGCAGCAGCCUGUUUUUUUUCUCUGUUGGGUGUUGGCUUCACUCCCUUUAGUUUCUUUGAAUCUGAUGGUCCAUGAAGGAAAACUGUCAAUCAGUCCCACACGUCGACCCAGCAUUUCACUCAGCCAGCGCGCCGCCAUGGUGUUGAAUGUAGCUUAGUCAGUUUUACCCCAUUUUGCUGCUGGCCAUUAUGAGAUUGUUUGUUACAUUCCCUUAGCAUCACCUGCUUUUGUGACUCUUCAGUUAUACCUCAUUUACUCUUUAGACAGUGCUGUCUAGCUUGUUGUUUUAUGUCAGGUGUUCAGGUAGAAGGUGUGUGUAGUACAGUAACUAUAUUGGUCUGGAUAAUCUUAAAGGUCAAAGGUCCCAGGGUCACCAGAAGGAAUUGGGUCCCCAUUUAAGACCACACAUGCUCUUCAAUAAAUAAAAAUGUUUUUCCAAUUUUGGAACUACUUUAUGAAAAUAGGAGUAAAAUCUGACCCUCAAUGAUUUCAGUCAACUUACUUAACCUUUUCACUUAAAUAGAUGGAUCAAUCUUAUUAUUAAAUGGUGGUUUUGCAUGGAGACAUCGUGUGAGCCAUAACUGUUUUAAUGUUGUAAAAUGGCUGUAUAGAGAACCGCUUGUACUUCUACUGACCUGUACGUUUAAGAUCCAUUGUCAUUGUACAUUUUAGGUGGUUACAGGCUAUGAUGAGUUCCAAAUGUACAAUGACGUUUUAAAAUAAUCCAUCUUAGAAAUUAAUAUUGGCUUUAAAUAGGGACCUACGUACAUAUGUGGAAGGGAAGAAAGUAGGCAAAAUCAUUCUCGUCAAUAUCAUCUUUGUCACAUGGUGAUAUUCCUGUCUCCAAUGAUGUGGGGUGGGAAAACCGGAAUGGAUUACAGCAAGCUGUGCACAAUUUUAUUCUAUAAUAAUUUUGAUUUUAUUUGAGUUUUAUUUUAGCAAUUGUGAAAUGAGUUACCCUCUACUUAGCAUGAACCUUUAAAAACUUUUAAAAUAACAUAAAAAGAAAAACAAUAAAAAAUAUAAAAAGAGACAUACCUAUGUACUGGAAAAAUGAUAAAGAAAUAUUGUACUCAUUUAAUUUUGACAGAAUUAUUUUUAUUAAAAUACACAUCCAUGAGCA